AUGAACUUCACUUGCAACGAUUCCUGGUCGGUCCGCAAUAGGUCCUUACCGAACGGAAAUGACAGUGAAGCAAACAAUAAUUCACUGUGCCUGGAUUCAAUCCAGUCAGGACUUGCUGCAGUAAACCCAUACGCCGCUUUCUUUUCGGUAGCUUUCGGUUCGUCUAUCUUUAUCGUCAUUGUUUCUUUUAUCACCGUGGUGGCCAACAGUUGCCUUCUCUUAGCUUUCUUCGUGGACCCACUGAAGAUGUUUCGUAAUCCCACUACAUAUUUUCUCAUUGGUUUAGCAAUAGCUGACUUGCUGAGCGCCUUGGUUCAGGAACCGAUAUACGCUGCCUGUUUUAUGCUUCUGUACUUUCAGAGUCCUUCACGGAAGAAUUGUCCACCCUUUAUGGCUUUUGGAAAACAGUUCGUAUCAACUACCAUGACGGUUUCCUUUAUCAUCGUUUUUUCCUUUACCUUGACGCAGUAUAUCGUGGUUUCAUCUCCAUUAAAGUAUGCUCGAUUGGUGACCAAGAAGAAGGUUUUGAUCGGCGUUGCUACCAUUUACGUCUACUCUUCAGUUUUGUGGUGCCUUCCCUUAAUGGGCUUGUCUUUACAACACGUUGAAAUGUUUGAUCUAAUUGUCCAUAACUAUUUUUUAGUUGUCAGUACCGUUGUUCUCUACAUCCUUUUACACCGCCUGAUGAAGAAAAAGAUGGCAGCGGGAAACUCCCUUCAAGGGCAAGCUACUUCAAGGGAAGACAGUAGACACACCCAAGUACAGCGCAACUUCGUGCGCGUAAAUUUUAUGCUCCUUGCCGUGCUGACCAUAUGUGCUAUGCCUCCAGCUAUUAUGUGGACAAUAGUAAUUUCCCUAGGACAGACACUUAAUCUUUCGGUGAAUUUGCUGAUUGGCCAGCUUAUGUCUGAUAACCUGUUUUAUCUAAAGUCCCUUCUUAACCCAUUUAUUUACGCUUGGCGUUUGAUGAAGUAUCGCGAGGCUUUUUACAAGAGUUUUUAUCGCAAGAAAACUGGCAAAUACUCGGGAGAAACAAAAAGUGCUACUGGAACAAGAAGCAGAGGUGAACUAGUAGAAGUGUCAAGUUUCACGUCAAAUGCUGUAAGCUUUCCAUCCAGCCAAUCAGUGAUUACUUUGCUGAGCUUCAAAGAACUGGAAAAGUAGUCAGUAUUUUUUUUUUAUUUCUGGCUAUGUGUAAGUUUUUGUGUAAAUAACUGUGAAUAACUCUUACAAAAACAUUUAUCAAACAACUGCCAUAAAUCUUACGUUUUACCCUCAUAUGACGAGAGUGGACAAUGCAGUUGACUACCAGUAAAAGAUCCUCGUAAUUAACCAAACUGCUAAACGAGGUAUUUAACUAUCCCUUGAUCACUUGUAAAUAUAGAUAUGCAGUGUUAGCAGAAGCAAAGUCGGGGGAGCAGUCGCUCGCCUUUUUACUCGCAGAAACUUGCCAUAUUCUGACGAUCACGCGCAAGUAAAACGGACUACGAGGUCAGGAAAAAUAAAAUAGAAUAAAGCCUAAUCAAACCUAAUAAGAAGUGCGCGAAAGUUCCAGGGCAGAAUGAAUCUCGAAUCGAUGUAACAUAAUUAUAGUAGUGUAAGGUAACUUUUAUGACGUAAUGCAGAACAGAGAAUGCAUUGUUUUCGAGCGAACACGUGAUACAGAACAGAGAAUCUACGAGCUGGGUGAGUGUUUGUGAGUUCCUCCUGGCGUUGCUGAUCAUGUGUACUAUGCCUUCAGCCGUCAUGUGGACAAAAGGUAUUUCCAAAGCAAGGACACUUGCUCCUUCAGUGAGUUUACUGAUUGGACAAAUUAUGUCUUGUAACCUGCUUUACUUGAAAUCCCUUCUAAACCCAAUGGUAUAUACAAGGCGUUUGACGAAGUACCGCCAGGCUUUUUACAUGAGUUAAAAAUUCCUAUUCAGAUCGAGCUUUUUUUCUUCCUGCUACCCGGUGGUGGUGGAGGGGAAGAGGGGGGGGAAGGGGUUGGUUGAUAAACAUGCCCGUUAAAAAAUCCGUUGUAAAUUGUUCCCACAUUAUAGGAAAAAGGGGUAAGUUUGGCGGUCAUCGUUAAGACGAUCUAUCUGUUAUUUGACUUUAAAGUAGGAUGGUGGGUUUCCCCAUUACAUUACCCAUUAAGCCUAAAUUUAAUGCACCCAAUUCCUCGGUAGUAUAGUGGUGAGUAUCCCCGCCUGUCACGCGGGAGACCGGGGUUCGAUUCCCCGCCGGGGAGAUUCUUUUCGUUUUCGGAUUUAGAUAAAUGUAUGGAAUGCUUUUUUUUUUAAUUUCAACCCUGAAGUUUAAUAUGAAGGGUGCGUUUGAUAGAUCUUAUUCCGGAAUAAAACUGUCCUUAAAAUUUCUCUGACAAAUCUCCUCUAGAGUAAUUUUUGACCAUGUCAACGUUACAUACAAGUUUAUUAAAUAAAAAUGUAACUUUAAUUUAGCUGAAGUCUUAUGCAUCUUUUCUAUAGUCCAUGCACAAGCCCAGACUUCAAUAGCGAAAUACCAAUUUGUCUCCUCGGGGCUCCUAGUCUCUCUUAGUUCGGCUCUCGCCAUAGGCUAAAGGAAACACCAGUUUCGACUAAAUAAAGGUUACAGUGAAGGAUUAUUUCGUCGUUUCUGCUCAUUUCUGGCCGUAUAUUUCUUGCUGAAAGCCUGGAAAUAUGCUUUGUUUUGAUUUAGAAGUCGAUCUGCAGAAAUGAAUAGAAACGACAAAAGACUAGUUCAAAGUAAGUAAUUCAACUUUAUUAAAUAAAACAUUUAACGCUUUUUAGUCGAAACCCAUACUCUCACCGUUAAGUACUUUCUCUACUCAUUUUUCUCAAGGAAAGAAAAAAGUAAAAUGUUUCCGGCCAGAUUUGAACUGGCGACCUUCCGCGUGUUAGGCGGACGUGAUAACCACUACACUACGGAAACUACCGUACAUAAUAAGGGUAGAGUUCGAGGAAUAAUCGGUAUCUUAUCGCUCGGACGUACGCAAAUUCAUACCCCUACUGUGGUACAAGGGGGUGGGGGAGGGGCGGGGGGGUAAAUGGAACCCCUCCCCGGAGUUUUUGAUAUGUUGCAGUGAUUUGAAACGAUUUUACCUUUAGUGGAAAACCUUUGAUCUUGUUAACAAAAUGAGGUAUAUUUUAGGGGUGGUAGUGCUCCUGAAGCCCUGUGACGUCACCAAUAAUGGCCGCCAUUUUGGUUUUUACCAAGAAUUAGAAAUCAGGUUAAAACCGCAAGAAAUGAUAUCUUUUUGUGCUUUAUAGGACCAUAAAUAAGCACUCUGCAUGAUUUAACCGUAAGAAGACAGAAAGGUACGAUAUUGUUCUCUUUUCUAAGGUGACCACUAAGUCUUUGGCCUCGGGAACAGGCUCUUAGGAGUCAAAUGAAUUAGGCGUGAGCAAAAUUGUUGAUGAACUUUGACCCAGACCAAGACUUAGUUUUUCUUUUCUGGUAUGAAAUCAGGAUCUACGCUGGUCUGCCGACCGUGUGACUAUAAAUCUGGGAACUUGAAUAAGACGAGUGUAAGAGAAAAGUCCAGAGGUGUGUAUCUGCCAACAGGAGGAGUUUUUCCGAGUUAUUCGAUGAUCUUUGGCUUGUGUUAAACGUCAGAGGAUUAUGCGUGGUUGUGGAUAGUCUUAUCAGGGCCACGAACUCAGUGUGUGUGAUUGUGAUUUCCGCAUAAUGUUGAGAGGUAUGUGGUCGCGUGGUUGAGCUGUUUCGCUAAAAUAUUCUGUGCCAGCCAUUAAAACGUUUCUUUUAAUUUAGGUUAGCUGAUUGUACCUUGGUAAAGCAACUCUAGCUGAUCUCUACACAGGGAAAUUGGACCUAGGUCUAGUUUCAGCGGGCCGUAAUGGCUUUGAACCAAAGGCAGGUUUUUGCAGAUACGAACUUAAGGUGAUAAUUUGUGUAGUAUGUUUCAUUCAGUUUGUUGUCUAUUCCUUUCGAAACCCUGUCGUUUAUCACACCGCGAAGAAAGUAGUGUCUUGCUAACUAUUUAUUAUAAGUUGUUAUGUAAGCCUUAUAACCAGGCAUCUUUUCGCUGCAGUUCGCUCAACUUUAAAAUUUCUAGACUGAAAUGACAUCAGUUUGAAACUUCACGGGGUCAGAUUACGGAAUAAAUUUUCUAAAUUUGCAUCAUUUUAAGUUUGGACUCGUUGAAAUGCUUCUAGUAACUACUAACUUACUGCCCGGAGUCAGAUAAAGGCUUUUAAUCGGCCUUUAAAUGAAGUUAUCUUGUUUUAAAUUGCCAAGUAGCUGAAUGAGUUGAUUAUUUUGCUAACCCGGUUUUCGAAAAUGCAGAUGCACAUAAAGCGAAAAAUACUUGCUUGCCCCACUUGGUAUUUUAUAAAAUCAAGAAGUUGGCUAACAUAUGAACUGAACAAAGAUGACAUCAUUUAUUGCUAAAAAGGAAUCGCAAGCAUCCGCCGUUUUGGAUCCUACAUUUCAAAUUUGUUUAAAGUAUUCCACCAAAAGUAUUCCAUUUUACUUAAAACCCGUAGAAAUCGAGGAAUUUUUUAUACAAAACUUGAUCUGAGUAUAAAAGGUUGAUAAGACGUAAAAACUGGAAUAAAAAAGGCUUUAGUUGUCGACCAACAAAUUUCUAGCUGCUGUCGAGUAACUUUUCACGCAAGAAUUAAUCGCCCAAACUUUCAAGAAGAGGGAGGGGGACUAGGUUGUUCCUGGGGUGUGACCAAAACCGUGACUAAGCAAAAGUAAGCUAAGGCCUCAGAAAUUUAUCUCCAAAAAUUUUGUGCUGAGGCGAACACAACAAACUUUGAUCUAGAUUUUUACUCCAGCAACUCUGUUGGUUGCCUCUAAAUGUUUUGUUUGUUUGUUUGUUUUUUUUUUUUUGCGCCAAAACGAAAUGCAAUGUCUGGAACUCCCUUCCCUAGCCUAUUGAGUUUCUUUUUACCCAUAACCCAGAGUCUUGUACGGAUGGUCGGAGUAGGCUGACGUCAUAACCAGAUUUUCUGGCAUCGACUGGUUUGAAAAAGAAAUCAACUGCAAAAACCGCGGGCGACGAUCUUGCAUGUUUUCAGGUUUACUGCAGAAGGCAGGUAUGGCCAGCCGAAAUACUGUUAGGAAAAAGCAAUAUACGCUGUUAUGAUCAGCUUUGCUUUGGACUCCUUUUUUUCUUUUUGGAUCGAUAGGUUUCAAUUUUCUUUACGUAUGGGGCUCCGCUGCGUGCGCUUCGCGGGCGCGGACGCUCUUUUAAAAAGAAGGAAAUCAGGCAAGGAUAAGAAAUAUCUUUGUAAACUCGAAAAUACGGACAAAUCGAUCUUUUUCAGUGUGAAGCCCAUUUUUAAAAGAGAUAUACAAGACAUUUUUAACCGUCUUUUACAUUUUCACGCACGACAAAUGGAUCAAAGAUUGGGCUUUUCCGUAACGGAAUUAAGUUUUAAUUUUGAAGUUUGGUGAAUGGGAACCAUUUCUUUUAGCUUUGAAAAAUACUUGUACAUGUGUGCUUGAAAAUGGUGCACCUUGGGCGAGUGACGUAUUGUUUCGAGACCUUCUUGUUCUUAUGCAAACUUUUAUUUUUCAGCCAUAAUUUCCAUAAGAAGACAAGAUCAAGACAAAAGAGGUUUGUAUCAAAACAAGGUCAACCUCGGCUUUACACUCAAUUGAAGGCUAGGUUCCUAACUGAACAACUGAAAAAUGGUCUUUUCUUAAGGCUAUAUAACUCGGUCCAUUACUACCGCCUCGCAAUUCUUCCUAUUGCUGUUUGUAAAAUAUGUUUUUCCUUCGCAAAUGUACGCACUACCCCUCCAGCCUUAUCUUUAUUCAUCCGGCUUCUGUUUUAUCUUACAUAGAUCUGUUAACUGUGGUUUCCAUAGUGCAGUGGUUAUCACGUCCGCCCCAAACGCGGAAGGUCGCCAGUUCUAAUCUGGCCCCAAACACUUUACCCAUUUCUUUAAAUGGGGUAAAUCAGUACAAAGUACUUAGCCGUGAGAGCAUGGGUUUUGACUAAAUAACAAUUACAUUUUAAUUUAAUGAAGUUAAAUUACUUACUUUGAAAGUCUUUUGUCGUUUCUAGUCAUUUCUGCAGAUCGACUUCCGAAUCAAAACAAAGUAUGUUUCCAGGCCUUACUACAAGAAAUAUAUGGGCAGAAUGACCAGAAACGACAUUGUAACCUUUAUUUAGUCGAAACUCAUGUUGCCUGUAGCCCAUGGUGAGAGACGAACUAAGAGAGACCAAAGCAAAGCUGAUCAUAACAACGUAUAUUGCUUUCUCAUAACAGUAUUUCGGCUAGCCAUACCUGCCUUCUUCAGUAAACCUGGCAACAUGCUGGAUCGUCGCCCAUGGUUGUUGCAGUUAAUUUCUUUUUUUAAACCUGUCGAUGCCAGAAAAUUUGGUUAUGACGUCAGUGUACUCCGUCCAUCCGUACAAGACUCUGGGGUAUGGGUAAAAAGGAACUCAGUUGGGUAGGGCCGGGAAGGGAGUUCCAGACAUAUGUUGCAUUUCGUUUUAGUGCGAAAAACAACCAACAGAGUUGCUGGAGUAAAAAUCUUGAUCGAAUUUUGUUGUGUUGGCCUUAGAACAAAAUUUUCGGAAAUAAAUUUCUAAGGCCUUAGCUUAUACUUUUGCUAUAGUCACGGUUUUAGUCACACCCCAGGAACAAGCCAGUCCCCCUCCCCGCUUGGUCAAAAUUUAGACAAUGAAUUCUUGCGUGAAAAUAAACUCAGCAGCUAGAAAUUUGUUGGUCGACAACUGAAGCCUUUAUUAUUCCAGUUUUGCUUCUCAUGCGUCCUUUUAUACUCAGAUCAAGUAAUGAUAAAAAAUUCCUCCAUUUCUACGGGCUUUAAGUAAAAUAGAAUACAUUAAAACAAUUUAAAAUGGGGGAUCCAAAAUGGCGGAUGCUUCAGAUUCCUUUUUAGUAAUAAUUGAUGUCAUCAUGGCAUCACUGCUAUUCUUAAAGGUUAUUCAUAUGUUAGCCAACAUCUUGUUUUUAUAAAAUACCAAGGGGGGCCGAGCCAGCAUUUUUCGCUUUAUGUGUAUACCUAGAUUUUCAAAAACCGGGUUAGCAAAAUAAUCAACUCAUUUGAGACUUUUUUCUUACACUAGUCUUAUUCAAGUUCCCGGUUUUAGAGUCACACGGUCGGCAGACCAGCGUAGAUCCUGACUUCACACCAGAAAAAAAAUAAAACUAAGUCUUGGUCUAGGUCAAAGUUCAUCGACAAUUUCGCUCUCGCCUGAUUCAUUUGACUCCUAAGAGCCUGUUUCCGAGGCCAAAGACUUAGUGGUCACCUUAGAAAAGCGAACAAUAACGUACCUUUCUGUCUUCUUGUGGCUAAAAUCAUGCAGAGUGCUAAUUUUAUGUGUUAUUUUUCAUAUAAAGCACAAAAAAUAUCAUUUCUUGCGGUUUUAACCUGAUGUCUAAUUCUUGGUAAAAACGAAAACGGCGGCCAUUAUUGGUGACAUCACAGGCCUCCAGCAGCACCACUACCCCUAAAAUAUACUUCAUCUUGUUAAGAAGAUCAAAGGUUUUCCACUAAAGGUAAAAUCGUUUC